AUGGACACAGAUGCUUCACACUCUUCAAAGGGGAAGGACACUAAUGUAUCUGGUGAUGAUUCUUUAACGAAUGGUCAACUCAUACUUUUUUUUUAUAGUUGUUUUGGUUUCUUGGACUUUCUUGAAGAUAGCGUUGAGCCUGUUGCAAGAAGCCAGUCAAACAUACAAGAACUCAGAAAAAAGGCCGAAGAGCGCAGAAAACAAGAAUACAAAGAAAUACUCGAUAGCCGCGAAUCCGCAUUGAAGGAGUUGUUCUAUAUGAUAAGUAAAUCUGAUAAAUCUGAUUACAUGACAGAGAUAGACGUUUCCAAAGUCGAUCAAACAAAAUUGCAAGAAUUUUUGCACAAACACCAACUACCUGAAAAUAUGGAUACAGUGAAAAGCGCACAACCUGUUUUCAAAACUGCUAGUCAAAGUGCCACAUUUUUAACAAACAAAUCUCAAGCGUCACAAACAUAUCAAUCGAAUAUUCAGUCACAAAACCAAGGCGACCAGACAACACAAGUGAAGAAGCAAAAACGAGUUUCACUGCCUCCUGUUGAACGUAUGAUAACUCGCGCUGCUAGUGGUGCGAUUAAUCCAAAAAGUGUCGACGAGAUUCUAAAGGACGCGGAGAGACACUCUUCCAUUGGUUCUUCCGUUACCUCAACUUCGCCAACGACGGCAACUAGUUUUAAACUUCCCACAACCAAACUUACUAUUCCGCAAAGAAAACAAGCACCCCAGCGAGUUUCUACUGUUUUGCCUAGGAACGGAGAAGCGAGACCAAUGGUUGCUGCAUCGAUGGGCCGAGGAUUGGAGCACAAUCAAUCUCGAUCAUUUGAUCGGGAAACACUUAUUUCUAAUUAUAAUAAUCAGCCAUUAUACAAAUUACUUCAGAAUCCAAAGAAAGCCUUAAUAACUGAAAAUUGGACGAUUGCACGUGAAGAGGUUAAAAAUAUUAGAGUUUUAGAACGCAUUGAUCAGUUAAAACAUAAUGGAAUGUGGAGCUUUCAGCAAAUCGAGUCAUUUAGGGAUCCACCGAGAAAUUAUACUCAUUGGGAUUAUUUACUUGAUGAAAUGUCGUGGAUGCAAAAAGACUUUAAAAAAGAACGAAAGUGGAAAAUUGCUGCAGCAUUCCAUGUGAGUCGUUGGGUGAAAGCGUGGUUUCAAGCUGAAAAUAAAGCAGAUGUAUGCGUUAAUAGUCGAAUUCCUGGUAGAAAUACUCCCGUACAUCAAAUUAAUGUACAUGAAAGUCACGAGGAAGCAUCCUCGAGCACCACGUCUGAUGGUGAAAUAAAUCACGUAAAGUCCGAGCCGGAUGACGGAGUACAAGAUCUGAAUGAUCUUCCAAUAAAUGAUGAAGUAAUGAUUGAUGUCGAGUCGGUCGAUGAUGACGCGUCAACAAGGCCUGAUGUUAACCAAACGAAUAUAAAAAGCAACGAUUCUAUAAUAAUGCCACCCCCGAUAGCGCCUAGCGUUUUGUUGACUUUACGGCAAAAAGUUAUCAACUUACCGGCAGAUGCAUUCUUAUGUUGUUUAGAUGGGCCAGAUGGUCAAGUUUAUGAUGUGGAUUCGAUAUUUCCAGAUUUACCUUCAUAUGAACCACCUCAAAGGCCUUCUGACAAAGAUGUUUACUAUGACAAUAUACACAUUAAUCGCGUCAUACCAAUUUCGAAGUACAUGUUGCGUCGGCAAAAGAGUGAGAAAGCUGCAAGAAGAAGAGCUAUUAAAAAAAUGAGAACAGAAAAUGAUUGUAUAGAAAUUGUUGACAAGACGACUAGUUCCAUGUUGUUUGCACCAAGACAGCCUUAUGAUCAACAGCCCAAAAUUCAUGUCAAAGCCCCACGGCCGGAUCAAGAACCAUCUUACGCAUGGUAUCCAGAAGAUGAUGAGUUGUUGAUGUCUCUAACGAAGCAAUAUCAAUAUAAUUGGGACUUGAUUGCUGACACAUGGAAUUCCAUUCGCGGUAUUCUUACUGGUUAUCCAAGGACUCCAUGGGCUUGUUUUAAUCGUUGGACACAAAAAGAUGAUAUGUCUCAGUUUGAAUAUCAAGAAUGGACCGAAGACUCGAAUAGUAUAUUGACUCCUGAUGCCAAUGAUGAAACAUCAUCGAUAGCUGGUCCUUCCAUAAUAUCGAAUAGGCCUAAAAGAGAUUUACCAAAAAAAAUACAAAGGCAGGAAGUUAUGAAGCCACGUCGAAAUUCCAACUUGAUGGAAGCGAUGAGGAAAUCGGCGAAGAAACGACAGGAUGCGGCUAUGAAACAAGGGCAAAUUAAGAAAACUAUAGAUCAAUCUAUUCCAUUCGGGAAUAAAGUUCUGUCUCCGAUUGAAUUAAGUAGAAUAAAAUCAGAGCACGAACGUCAAGCACAAGCAGCUUUAUUAGAGCAACGACAAGCUGCAGCACUUGCAUAUCAAGCACAUGUACGGCCUAUGAUAAUGCGACCACAGGCUCCUACAGGAAUGUCUUAUAGACCGCAUGUUCCUAGUGCAAAUCAAAUUCAAGCUCUGGUCAUGCAACAACAACGUGCUGCUAUUGCACAACAACAACGUAUGCCUACUCAACCGAUAACACAGGCUGCUGUUAUAGCUCAAGCGCCGAUUCACGUACAACAACACUUUUAUAGUCAGCAGCUUCGGGCUCAACAAGCACAUCGCGCUGCACAAGCUAUGUUGCAGCAGAGUACUCAUACACCAGGACUCCCAAGUCAGUCUCUUCCAUCACAACAACUCGGACAACAAUCGCCAUCUCAACCUCCGCAACAACCGACUCCUCAAUCGCAAGUUACGCAAUCAUCACAACAAGCCACACAACAGCAAUGA